AUGAGCUCCAACAUCAAAGACAUGCAGCACGUCAGCGCUGCCGAUGCAAGAUCAUUUGCGGAACGUGUUCUCGUCGGCAACGGAGUAUCGAAAGAUAAUGCACUCAUUGUCGCCAAGUGUCUUGUUGAAGCCGAUCUCCGCGGAGUGGAUACUCACGGUAUCAACCGCAUCCCCAGCUACAUGGCUCGCAUAAGAGAGGGCGUGCUUGACCCAUCGGCUUCACCGACUCUUCACCGAGUUACGCCGGCUGUUGCUCAAGUUGAUGGGCACAAUGGAUUUGGCUUCCUUGCGGCCCACAUGGGCAUGGCAGCAGCUAUCGACAUGGCUAGGGAGUUCGGCAUUGGCAUGGUCUCCGUCAAACACUCGAACCAUUUCGGAAUGUCGGCAUGGGUAGUGCAGCAAGCACUUGACGCAGACAUGAUGAGUCUUGUCUUCACAAACUCUUCGCCCGCUCUCCCCGUGUGGGGAGGCAAGUCCAAACUUAUGGGGGUUUCUCCAAUUGCUUGUGGAGCCCCAGCGGGGAAAGGCAGACCCUUUAUUGUCGACAUGGCACCAUCAGUAGCAGCUCGAGGCAAGAUUUACAAAGCUUUGCGGAGAGGAGAGAAGAUUCCCGGCGACUGGGCACUCGACAAGGAUGGCCAGCAAACGCAGGAUCCAGCCAAGGCACUUGAAGGUGUCAUGUUGCCCAUGGGUGGACCCAAGGGCUCCGCACUCGCUAUCAUGAUGGAUGUCUUUUCCGGGGUGUUGUCAGGUAGCGCGUUUGCAGGCCAUGUCACGAAUCCUUAUGAUCCUUCGAAGCCAGCAGAUGUCGGACAUUUCCUUGUCGCCAUCAAACCGGACCUUUUCAUGAGCAUUGAGGAAUUCAAGGAGCGGAUGGACUACCUUUACCAGCGCGUCGUUGGCUCCGAUCGGAUGUCUGGAACCGACCGUAUCUACUAUCCAGGCGAGAUUGAAGACCUAAAUAGGCAGAAGCGGCUGAGGGACGGGAUACCGCUUGUGGCAGCCGAGGUCGAAGCUUUGAACAAGGAGGCUCAACAAGUUGGAGCCGCAUCUGUCGUGACCUCGCUGCCUGUACCGAGGCCCCAUUUAUGA